AGGACCACAUCUUCCACGAUGCACCCUUCAUAAUUUUCAUAUUGAACAAAAAGCAUAAUGUCUAUUCGCAGCUACUGAAAUUAAUGCAUAAACAUCAUCUCUAGUACUAUUUCUUUUUAUUCUCCGGUCUUGUGUCGACACUUUCGCGUUGCUGAUUCGUUUUUCUCUGUCGUGUACCAUAUCAACUUUUUACAUCUGCAGCUUUUUUUGGGUCAAACACAAAUUGUACAUAUAGAUACUAUCUUCAUCGCCUCUGCACGGAAAGAACCUAUGUCGCCGAAAAACGAAAAGGCAUCUCAAAGUUGCAGUUUCUUGUCACCAAGAAUCAAUUAUCAAGUGCAAAAAUGUCUGGGUCUGGAAGAUUCCGGGAUUUGUGAUGCAUAUUUUGUAUGAGCCAUAAUGCACGUGAUGCAUGAUCUAGCAUCACAGACUUUUAGAGGGCUUUCUGAUGCCUAUUCCGCAUGAGAAAUGCCCUCUCCGCGUAACACAAACUGACAUAGGGGGGAAAAGUAGACGCAUGAAAGAGAAGACGCGGGGGGCACAGAAGAAAAGGGGUGCGGGGCACAAAGAAAAAAAACAGAAGAGAUGGGCGGGGGCAUGGGCUAAAGAACAAAAAGACAAAAACUGCAAAGGUCUGGGAGUUUGCAUGUCGCUAGGCCUAGGUUUAUUGGCAAAGUGGUGACUGGGUUGCUAAUUUAAAGACUGCGCUAAAGCAGCACCCCCCUUCCCCAAGGGGUCCCUCCAGGGCGGGCGCGAUGGCGGCUCCGAGUAGGCGGAGCCCUGGGGCCCGAUUCUUCGGAAACGCAUGAAAAAGGUGCGCGGAGUAAGGUCGGCUAAAGUGCCUGAAAGGGGUACGCCUCGGGGUUGUCCGUCAUCGUGAUAGGAUCAUCGGGUAUGAUCAGUAGACCCCCUGUAUAUUUUUUUAGCGCGCAACCGGCCACAAGUGUAAGACUCUGAUCAAGUUUGUAAGACUAACCCUUCAAGGCCACACCGAAGCUCCACCUUGCUCGCGGGCUUGGAUGGUAAGGGGGUUCUGCCACACGUAGCGCCCACUGGUCGUAGUUACGCGUAAGCAAUCGAUAGCGGUUUUGCGGCUGCGGUCGGGUGGUAGUUAGGAAGUGGAUCGGGUAUCCACCUAGGGGUAUCGGCAGAGGCUAAAUCUGUUCUAACGCCCAGGUAUUGGCAGAGGCUAAAUCUGUUCUAACGCCAACCCGCCAGGAGUUAAAUGGUUACUACUACUACUACUACUACUACGCGUAACACAAACUGGACUCCUGUUGUUGGUCACGCAAUACAGAUGUUUUUGGAAUCCAAAGACAGCAUGACAAGUUUAGAAUCUUCCAGACCCAGACAUUUUUGCAUUUGAUAUCAAUGUGCGCGUGCUGCUUGCUGACUUCGCCCCGGAGCCAGCGUUAUAUUACAAUGAAAAAUGCCCCCUCCCCAUAUCAAAACGGAAAUCUGUGAUGCAGAUUUGUGGUCACAAAUCAGCUUUGUGAUGCUAGAAGGCAAAAGAUGCGGACUGUAGUGCUGUCCAGUGUGGGAAAGCCUUGCAGUUCCAGGAUGACAGGAGGCAACUGGAAGUGGGAAACAGCAUGACAGAUUACCUGCAAUUUAGGCCGCAGCUUCGUCUCUUGGCCUUCUAGCAAUACAAGUCGAUUUGUGUACUCAAAUACAGCAUCACAAAUUCGCGCAUCUUCCGUUUCCGAUAUGGGGAGGGGGGAUUUUUCCUCUUGAUACGUUAUCAAAAGGAUACUGUAGUGUCGCCCACUUCGACGUCCUCGCUAGAAGUAGACCAGCCGUUAAAAAUCUUAGAGGGCGAGGGACGAGGGAAUAGAACAAGAACAACUACGUGCGCUCCUGCUCCUGCGUCAAAUUGUGGUAGCACAACGACGACGAGAAAUAAUUUCGCCAAUCUCAAUAAAACAACGGACCGAGCAGGUGGAGAUAAAAAUUCUCGAUUUGUUCCUGCCGCGAAAAUCAUGUUGCAGCAGCAGGACCAAGAGGGUCGUCCGGAUGAAGCGGAACAACCGCAUAUGCACUGCAAAAGUAUCGUACUAGUAGUAAUUGCAAUACAAAUUCGCUCAGCAUUACAAAUGGAAUUUGUCAUGCUGAUUUGCCUUGGGAAGGAGAUUUGUAAUGCAUGACUGCGAUUACUACGAGUGCGAUACCUUUGCACAGGAUACCGCGCCAGAAGCUACAACAACAGAGUGACGCGUUCAUUCCUGGCAUGUCUUCCUCCAAUUCGUCCGACGAAGACAUGAGUGCAGGAGGACCAGGAGGAACUGCGAUAAACGGGCGGGUAGAUCCGCUGCAGGUGGUCCACGAUGACGGUGGACCAGCACAAGGAGCUGCGUCCGCGUACAACAAUGCUACGACUUUGACGGGCAACUCCGCCGCCGCGGCCAGUAGCUCGAGCCCAAGGAAAAAAUCGAACCUCAACCUCUCUGCGCCCGCCACGACGAGCAACGGGCGGAAACGGCUUUCGCUGGACAUCCAUGUUCCCUCGUCGCCAAGUUCGCGGGGCGGAGGUACCUCGACAUCGAACCGGCUAGUAAACAAUCCGAGCGACGUAUCACAGUGCACAACCUCGUCCCCCCUCAUUUGUAUUGCAGGAGCAGCAAUGCAAUCGUUAGCAGGAAUUAAUAUGCAGGUUUUGCAUGACAGAUUGUACUUCUAUUUGGGCUGCCAGAUGAACUUGUCAUGCAUAAUAGUGAUAGGAGGGGAAGCGUGGAGUUGGUAUUUUGCAUGAGCGUGGAGUUGGUAUUUUGCAUGAGAAAUCAGAACGUGGAGAAGUUGUGCACUUUCAUACGGCGACACCGCCAACAGCACUUCGGAAGUUUCCCUCUCCCCGUAUCCUGAGUAAAAACGUACCCACGCCAGAGCUGUGAUGCAGAUUUGCAAAGACAGGAAGACUUGUAAUGCGCAUCCCCAUGAGGGCCAUUUCCAGUCGUGUUUUGGAAUUUGUGACUCUAUGAACACGAUGAGCAGAUGAAUCUGUGAUGCGGCUGCACUUGCUAACCUGCACUACACUGCAUAGUGCAACUUGUCAUGCGUGACUCACAAAACUCCUAGGUUUGUGUUGCAAAAUCCCCAUCCUGACUCUGGUGUGGGUACGUUUUUACUCAGGAUACCCCGGUCAGCGGUGGCGUUGGGGGGCACAAUCUGAACAGCAAGCAGUCUACAACUUCGCAGAAUAUCGGUGGACAGACCUUCGGCGCUUUCAGCACGACACACCACUCAAAGGUCAGUCUUUCGUCGAUUAUCAUAUGUAAAAGCGUCUCCACCCCAUGCUCAUCAUGUUGGGAACUUUGCAACGCAAGUCGAGAAGUCUGGGCUGCUGCGCAUGACAAGUUACUGUCUUUAUUGCAGUGCGGUUGAGCAAGUGCAGCCACCUCCAUGUCCUGCUGUUAUACAGCAUUACAAAUUCGAAAACACGGCUGCAAAUGAGUCUCAUAGAGAUCCACAGGACAAAUCUUCGCGUAAGUAGUGCAACGCUGCAUUUUUACAUAGAACUCUGGGGUGGGGACGUGUUUACUCAGGAUGUCGAUGUUAUGGAUGCGUCAGGAUCGAAAUCGACAAAGUCGAAAAUUUGUGAUGCGUAAAAUGUAGGGCACUGGAGGCCUGUAUUGGGGAGCAGGCAAAGAGGACCGACUGUAAGCCUGUUUAGGGGUAUGCAACGCGCUGCCAGAGUAGCAUGACAGGAGCAGUCUCCUUUGCCCAAACAGCAUGACAGACUGGAUGUGGCUGCUCCCGAAAUUUGUCAUGCGCCACUUGGAAACUGAGGCUCUAACUGACAUCGAUUUUGUGCAUCACAAAUUUUUCGACUUUGUCAAUUUCGAUCCUGACAGUUCCAUAGAUGUCCAUGUCCUUAGGUGGGAUGUCCUGUAACUACUCCGAUUUCCACACGCUGCAGCAACUAUCGCACGAAAAAGCUGUUUCACUGUGAACUUGUGAUGCACAGAAUGGAGCACACAACUAUUUGUCUUGCUACACAUGCAAGACACUGGGUUUUUCAACGUGUUUUCCCUUAGGAAGCACGCAUGGCAAGUUUUCUUGGUCAUGUGUAACGAACUUGUAAUGCAAAACUUGCAAAAUCCUUACAGUGAAACACUUCUUUCGUACGAUAGCAACAAACCUACGACUACUACAUCUUCGAUUUUGACAAUCUGAUCAGCUCGGUAAUGCUGGUAUGCAUUGCAAAUAUCCACCCUAGAGGACGUCGACGUCGUCGGGAAGUGUGCAACUACUUGUGAUGCUGCAUUUAAAUUCUACAAAAGUUUGUAUUGAUGCAUGAGCAGCAAGGAAACUCUAGUUUUUGCUUCGUGGAGAUGAGGGCCUAAAAACUUCUGAUGCGGUAUAGGCAUGAUCAGGAAAAUUCUCGCAGAACUUUCUGUGAAGAUGCGAGGUCAACAUGCAUCACAGACAUGAUGAGUGUCAUGCAAAAUGUGCCUGAAGAACGGUCAGUCCCAAAGAACAUGUAUAUUUGCAAUGCAUAGCUGGGCCAGCGGCAAACCGCGACCGAUCUGCACUAUGAGAACUUCAAUGCGGCCGCGCAGCUGGACCAGCAGCCCGGAGGUUGGAACAAUGCCACAUCGUCCUCCAUGUUGGGACCGGCCGGGGAUUAUAAUAGCGCUACUCCUAACACAGGGAUGGGCAACUACAUGCUCUCCGCCUCCUCCGACCGGAAGUCCCGGCGGCGCGAAAACAUGCAGCCCUUGCAGCUGGACAACGACCUGCCCGAGCUGCAGAGCUCGCCGGUCCCCGAGCACGCGAACCCGAACAAGUUUACCCUUGACAGCAUCGAGGAAGUCACUGCGAAAGAGUUCGGGGGGCAGGAGCGGGUGAUGCUGCUGCACGAACUGUUUACGAAGCUACAGCAGAAGAGGAAGCAGUUUUGGAUUCUUUCCCGGGGGAGGGAAGCCCGGAUAAAAAUCGCGCUGAAAAACGUCGGCUUGUUGAAGUUUUUCGAGAACGGAUCCACUUCAUCUGGUGGGGCAGCAGCAACAUCAAGUACAGGUUCGUUUGCAACAUCGGCUGCCGUUCCUCCAAGCACCAGGCUUGUUGCAACUCCCGUGCAGCAGCGCGAGAAUCACAGGGAAGAAGUCCGCACACCCAGCAACCACCCGCUGUUUGAUGCUGACGGGGAUGCAACGAUGUCCACCACGGGUAGUGGUAUGGUAACUGCGGAUCGUCCUCCACCUGGAGGACCUGCGCCGGUGCUGGAUCACAACAUUGCUGCACCACCAACCAAUUAUGCGGAUGACGAUCAGGACAUGCUGUUUCAAAGCAUGAGCACGACGGCGAACAACAAUAACCUACUGAACAUGAGCGUGUCUGCCCCGCUGGCCAUCCAGCCCCAGAUGCUCCUGAUAGACACAGCAGCAGCGCCAGCGGCACCCGAUCUGAUGCAACUAUGCUUUGCAAAACUAUCGUACUAGUAUAAAUCGCAUGACAAAUUUUCUCAGCAUGAGAAAUCAAAUUUGUAAUGCAGAUUUGACUUAAGAAGCAAAUUUGUAAUGCAGUACUACGAUUACUACGAGUACGACACUUUUGCACAGAAAAGCAACCGGAACAGGCCGAUGCGCGGCCGUUUUACACUAUCCCAGAGAAAAAAGCUGGCAGGGCAUAUUUGUAAUGCAAAAAUAAAUACACAAAAAAAAUUGUCAUAGGUGGCCCCAUAGAAUGCUGUUUCGGAUACGCAAUGCAGGUUUUUCUGUGUAUUUAUUUUGGCAUUACAGAUAUGCCCUGCCAGCUUUUUUCUGUGUGAUAUACACGCCGAUGGCAGGAGCGGUGGUUACUACAACGGGAAAUGGUUCAUCUGGCGGAAAGCACUACACCAACAACCCGAUGGAUCUCCUGCUUCCAGACGAACACGCGACAACGCCGGGAGCUGCGCAUACAGCGGGGAACAAAAAUAAGCGGCCUCCGCCCUCCCCCCUCGGCAGCGUCAAAAGCGGCGCGUCCGGCAGCUCGCCGAACAACGCGAUGACGCAUGGAGGUAGUAAUGUUACCAAUGGCCCCCGGAGCAAGCACAACUAUCCCGUGCAGCUGCUGUCCAAAACGCAGUCGGAUUACGAAUCUGCCUUCAGCGCGUCCACCCACUCCAACUCUCCUUUUCUGACCCCGUUGAACACGCACUUUGACCUAUCAAAUGCAACUAUGUCUGGGUCUGGAAGAAUGCAACUUGUCAUGCAGAUUUUCCAUGACCCAUGAGGUCUGAAAUGCGGGGCCUAGCAUGACAAACUCUGCGAGGCCUCUGUCAUGCCUGUCCUGCAUGAGAAAUCCGUAGCCAUUUUGGCUCAAGUUUGGAUAGUGUACAGCUAGCGUAGCAAUAGAAUGAGCAGUCGGUCCCGAUAGUCAAAAACAGUAAGAAAACAAAGACAAGAUGGACGAGAACGAGGGAGAUGAUGAUAGAAAACGGCAGGAAAGCCUGCUACCGCGGGAAACCCCGGAAGGAAGAGAAGACAGCACAAGGAGGACGGACACAGAACAGAGGGAAGGUGAGAUGGAGGAGGAAAAAGAAGAGCGCAAUGAUAAUGAAGAGGAGCCAGACGGGAUAUGGAGGGGAGAAAUGCAAGAAGAAAUGGGGGAAGAAGAGAAAAAAGAAAGAAAUGACGGGCAAGAUGAUUUAAGAAGAGAGCGACAUAUGUUCUGGAAUAUUAACGGGGUUAAGCGUCUGAAUGCGAUUAGUCUAGUGAAAGCUUACAGAGACAUAGCGCCAAAAAUUACAGGGGCGAGCUGCGCCGAGUUGAAGACCGCCGCGCUGACACAAGAUCAGGCAGCGUUCAAACAUGUAGAAGAGGAGAUGAAGAGAUUAGGACUAGAGGGGAGGCCAGGAAUAUACUUCGCAGCCGCCACAGACAUGAAAGGCGUGGCGUCAGAGAUGAACUCGGGAGCGGUAGGAAUCGUAUACACAGACGAAACGAAGAAGCUACCAAAAAAGACAAUGAGAAAGGAGAUUUUUCGAAGGGAAAGGGGGGGCGCAUUCUUCCAGAGAGAUGUGACAGACAAGGAGGAUAUACUUUUAUGGAUGAUCGCAGCAGAGGACGAAAGAGGAAUGCUAGUGGUCGCGUUCUAUCGGAGACCGGCAAAGGACACACCGAAGGACAGCGAGGAGGUAGCACACAUAAGGAAACAAAUGCAAGAAAUGACUUCAGAACUCGAAAAGAUGAUAGAAGAAGCAGGAAUAGCCAUACUGGCGGGAGACCUAAACUGUCAGUAUCAAAUUGAUGAAAGGGGAAAGGUGAAAUUUGAGAGGGAGCGGACAGGAGUGCAAAAAGUUUACUUCAGCGAAAUAAUAGAACCGAUACAGAAGAUUUUCAACAAACACGCUGAAACACUUACAACAGGAGGCCCGACAUGCUUCCGAAACCCGGAAAAUCCGACAACGAUCGAUAUAGUAGCGAUAGCGGAAAAAAGGGCAAAAGUUGUGGCGAAGACCUGUGAAAGAAUUCAAAUACCGCGGACAGUAAAAGAGGAAAACGGAGAAGAUAAGGAGGUAGAGGGGGAGAAUAAAGAAGAGGAGUCGGACCACGUAGCUCUGCUAGCAGACAUAGUGUGGAUCCCAGAGCCCGAGAAGCCCACAGAAGAACAAAAACAGAAGAAAGAAAAAGAGCAAAAGAGGUGGAAACUUAAUGCGCGCUAUACGCUGAUGGUGCCGACAGUUGAAAGCUCAAGGCAGCGAAUUGAGAUCAUAAAAGGGAAAGAAAGACUUCAGAAGAAAAACCCUGUCACGCAGCUGGUGAAAUGGCCGAGAAAGUCGGUGACGUUAGAAAGACUACAGCAGGUGAUGGAAAAAGCAGGGACGGUGCCAGAAAAUCGCAGGAGCAUGCUAGGGAUGCAAAAAUGGCUGAUGGAGAAGCUAGGCGAGGCAGGCGUGCUGAAACUCAAAGAAGUACCGAAACAGGACGCGAAUUACGAAUAUUGGCAGAAGAAGAAAAAAGAUGAGCGAAAAACGCAAGAGAAAGAGGAGAAGGACGAGGAAACCGCACGACGACAGGAGCAGAAGUUGAAACAGGACGAAAUGGAAAAGGCCUGGCUGGCGUCAUUCGCAGAAAAGCCAAAAAAGGAAGAGAAAAACGAGAAAGCGGUUUAUGAGACGGCUAGAAAGGUAAAAGAAGCUGUGUGCGGGGUAGGCAGAGGAAUGCCGAUGGGGGAGGCGAAGGAAGUAACAGUAGGCGGCACACUAGUGCAAGGGGUGGAAGCAGCGACAGAAAGGAUAGCGAGUAGCCACCUCCUCAAGUGUGAAUUCGUGAGAAAGCAAAAUGACAAAAAGCACACAUAUGACGGAAAAGAGCUCGAAAAAGCGCUACGACAGCUCACGCAAGCAUGUAAAGAAGUAAAGAGCAUACGAUUUACGGGGCCACAAUUACAAGCACACGUCUCAAAGUUAAACAGUGAAGCAGCAGGCAUGGAUGGACUCAGACAAGGAAUAUACCGCGCCCUCACACCAGAACAAUACCAAGUGUUAGCAGAGGCGUUUAAUAGGUUUUUAAAAGAAGUGGAGGAGUAUGAGAUGAAACGAAACGAGGGAAAGGGGCCGAAGCUCCUGGAGGAGCACCUCAAUGCGGUGCAGGUGGAGCUGUUGAAAAAACAAACAGCAGCAACAACGGCAAUAGAAAAAAUCCGGACCGUGAUACAGGGGACAGCGAUAGUGAGGGUGUUGCUGAGCGUAGUGGUAUAUGAAAUGGCGCGGGUAGCCGACAAAAAUGACGCAUUUACCCGAUGCGGAUCAGCAUCAAAACCAGGAGCAAGCUGCCAAGCCACAGCGCUGCAGGUCCUGGAGACAUGUCACGAGGGGGAAGAGAGGGGCGAAGCGGAAACACCGGACGAAAGAAAGGAGGGAGGCAAUGGGCAAGAGAAAAGAAGAAAGGAAGCGGUAGUCUUUGGGCUAGAUGCGUCAAACUAUUUCAACAAUAUAGGGCUACCGAGGGCAGUAGCAGCAUACAGAGCUGCAAAACUGCACCCGUGUUUCAUAAAGUUGAUAAUAGUAACAGCGUGGACGAAGGACUUAUGGAUCAGAGACGGGGAUUGUUACGGACACGUGCUAAGACAUCGCGAACUCAUUCAGGGCGCAGUAGAAACGAUGUUAGCGGGGACCCUGAUUUUCCUCCCAGGAGUAGAAAUAAUCGCGGAGUUCCUCGAAGAAAUCUUCAAUGAAGACGGUAGGGCGGAAGAGGAAAGGCUAAAAGCAGCAGAAGCCAAGAUGAGAACGAGGAUUAAAAGGCUUUACAAGGGGGGCGAUAUCGAUACAACUUUCCCCGAUUACAAUGUAAGAGUGAGAAGAAGUCGACGAGAUCUACCUUAAAGAAGCCCCGCCAGUAGUCACGGGAUACAGAAAGGGAGAGAAGGUAACGACAGAGCAGGGAAAAAGAAAGGUGAAUGAGAAAGGAAAAAGGGCGGAGACUCGAUACUACUCCGGAACACUCCCCGGAGACGGGAAAAGAAGAUGGACCCUAUGCGUGCAAUACGUGGACGACGGCACAGUUGUAAUAAAGUUCUUUAUCGAAGAUAUAAAAAUAGUAGCGCGCGCGCUCAAAGCAGCAAGCUGGGCAUAUGAGGAAAUCUACGCAACUGAAGGACAAUUUUUGGCACCACAGAAGUGCGAAGUUGCAACGUCGAUAGAAGACCCGCUGAAGGUAAACGUGAUCCGACAGGCUUUCCAGCCUUUCGGGAUUCUGUUCGAGGAAAAGACAUUUCUGAAGAUUCUGGGGAUCAAAAUAGUGCCGAAAGACAAAACGGAACAAGCCAAGGCCCUGAGGGGGCAGGUCAGACAAAGUAUAGGGAUAGGGCAACACUUGGCGUGCCAAGUAAUGGCGAAAAGGGGAAGGCUUAACGGCGAGGAACUCACGUGGGUAGUGCGGGUUUUCUUUGUGUCGGCAAUGAUAUACUUCCUGCCAGUGAUGCGUUUAUAUUUCGACCUAGGAGACUGGGCGGAAUUGAUGGGCGAAAUGGCGCUGACAAUAGCUGAAACACUGGGAAUGACAACGGAGGCAGUGGAAGAGCUGAUGGCCAGAACAGAAACAACGGCGGAGACAUUCUAUAGGGUAGUGUUCGGGAUGAAUUUACUCGGACUAGCUGACCCGUACACGAUGGGACUGAAAACGCUACGCGCAACGGCGCAGGCAAACUACCUAACAGACCCGGCCUUGUUCGCACCAUUAGCAACGACGCCAGUAAAGGUAGUAGGCGAAGCAAAGGCGGGCAUCCCGAAAACAGAAGAACGAAAAAUGCUGAAAAGAAAAGAAGCCGACAUAGCACUGCUGCGGGCGCUGAAGGAUGGCGCGACAGUUAGGCUAUCGCCGGGAAGCGACCUGCGUGCAGUGGGGAUCGUGAAGGAGAGAAGCGCGCGGGGUCCCCCAAGGGUAGAGGAUCAGUAUACACACAGGGGGAGCGCGGGUUUGGUAGUCAGCAGGAACAGAAAAGGAGGCCUCGGGAAGAAAGGGCAGAGCGAUAGGAUGCAAAAAAUAUGGGUGAAGCAUGCCGGACAGGAAAGAAGUACAACAGUCACAGUACAAGAGGCAAGUGAAAGGACGGAGACACACCUGAGGACGAUAGAGACAAAAGUGGAGCACUUAAAGACUGAAAUAAGAACAGAGGAAAAGACUUUCGCGGCAUACUGCAACAACGCAAUGAGGGCCAUAGAAAUAGUCACAGAGAGGAGAAAGAAAGAAGGCGGAGCGGUGCAGAUUAUACUGCUAGACUACCACGAGUUAAGGGAGAAGACGCGGGGGAUACUACGAAAAGGGCAUGGAAUAGGCUUGGAGCUACAGGAGACAAUAGAAAAAGCCGAAAGUGAGGACCCGGGCCUAACUAUAGUAACGAGAUGGGGAAAAGGAACUGCAAGCAGAGCGGAAGCGACAAGAAAUAUAGACGGAGGGACCAAAGAAGAGAUACCGCUCAGGGUGGCGAACGUGCUAAAUCACGACAAUGAGUAUACGGACUGGGUGCGGUUCGACUUCGGAACGAAGCGGAUUCCACUGAAACCGGUGUGGGAAUGGCCGGAAAUGUCAAAAAUAGAAAGGCAGGUAUACAUACAUAGGAAAAUGAAAGAAAAGGAGACAGAAGGGGACAAAAAGAAAGAAAACGUAGAAGCUGGGGACGGUGAUGAAAUGAAGCGAGGCUUAGGAGAGAAAGACAGCGCGAAAUCUCAAAAGAAGAAAGAAACGAAAAAGAGCACCAACACAGAGAGGACAGGAAAGGAGAGUGGCGCUGCAAGCAGUCAAAGUAAAAGUAGCCGGGCAAAUGUAGAAAGAAAGCAAGAAGAAAAAGGGGAAGAAAGAAGGGAAGGAGAGACACUUUCUGAAACUAUACUGCGACUAAUCGAGAAAGAGAAGAAGAAAGCAGAGGAAACUGGUGACGAGAUGGCGCAGGGGGCAUUCAGAAUAAUCCAAAAAGCGACGAAACUGUUGCAGGAGGUAGAGGAGGCGAAUAAAGAAGACGAUGGUAGAAAGUCAAACGAAAAAGAAAGGGGAAGGAGGGAAGGAGACCAAGGGGAAGGGAUCAGCGAAGACGGAGAAGAGGAAGAAAAAAAAAGCUUCUACGGGGCGCAAGAAUAUGAAGGCACUCGGAGAGGAUAUGUGUUCAAAAGAGGGGCGAUGGGACAGGGAUACUACAUAGAUCAGGGUCCAGAAGAGGCAGCGCGAGCAUUUUUUCGGAAUCUGGUGGCGUGGGGGGAGGAUGAGAAAAGGGACGCGAUUAAUAAGGAGCGGGCGGAGGAAGGUCAAGAUGAAAAAGAGGCGGACCAAGAGCAGCAAAAACGGAGAAAAGUGGAGAAAAAAGACGAGAAAGCGAACCAAAACGGUGGAAACGAAGACGAAAAAAAGAAGCAAACGACGGAGGCCUCUAACUUCCCCACAGUCGAGAAAUUAAUGGCAGAUGACCCCACGACAUUGAUGCAGAAAGAGAAAGAACAGCGGGAGAAGGAGAAGAGGAUGCAGGAGGAGAAGAGGAGGAGGAGGCGGAUGCAGUAUGAAACUCCUAUGCAGCGAGAACUAGCCCAAAUGUAUAGAGUCCUAGAAAAAGAAAACAGCGAUGGAAAAUGAAGGAAGAGAGAGAAAAUAGUGACUGCAGUGCGUUUAUUCUUUUUUGGAUGAGAUUCACGAAUGGAUAGCAAAGUAGAGGCAAUAAGAGGCCUCAUACGUGAAUGAAAUAAAGGAGCAAAGAAGACACAGACCGGGGCUCAAGGCGAAAAAGGCAAAUGCGGGGUGUUCUGGCGGGUGCAGAGGGAAGAGCGUAGACACAAAACGGAACAGAAAAGAGCGAUAAAAAAUGAUGAGACUGCGUAUGGACCUCGUUUCGACACGUUCCCGCCAGCCCGGAGGGGUGCGGCGAUGCUAAUCAUUUCGUUCCCGCCAGCCGUAAAGGCACGGCGCUGCUUUUCCUCUCCUUGCACCGGCGAACCGUAUGCACUGACGCGCUAGGAAGCAAAAAGAAAAAGAAAGAGAAGAAAGAGAAACUAUAUAAAAGAAGUGGUGCCAGGGUUGCUAAUUUAAAAGACUGCGCUAAUGCAGCGCCCCCCUUCCCCAAGGGGUCCCCCCGGGGCGGGCGCGAUGGCGGCUCUGCGAAUGCGGAGCUCCGCGGGCCGUUUCUAUGGAAACGCAUAUAAAAGGGUGCGGGAAGAAGAUCGGCAAAACGUGUCUGAAAGGGACACGCCGUUGGGUCGCCCGCCAUCGUGAUAGGAUCACCGUGUCUGAUCAUUAGACCCCCUGUAUACUUUUUAGCGCGCAACCGGCCACGCGCGUAGUUCUUCGAGCAAGUUUGUAAGACUAACCCAUCAAGGCAAUACUGGAACUCCACCUUGCUCGCGGGCUUGGAUGGUAAGGCAGGUCAGCCACACAUAGCGCCCACUGGCUGUAGCCAUGCGUAAGCAAUCGAUAGCGGUUUUGCAGGUGCAGCCGGGUGGUAGUUAGGAAGUGGACCGCGUCUCCACCUAGGGGCAUCGGCAGAGGCUAAAUCUGUUCUAACGCCCAGGUAUUGGCAGAGGCUAAAUCUGUUCUAACGCCCACCCGCCAGGAGUUAAAUGGUACUACUACUACUACUAUCUUGGUCGAAAGUGGAAAGCUUUUGGCACUUAUGCAACACAGAUUUCAGCAUGAUGCAGAUUUAGCAUCACAAGUUACUGUCUUCCAGGGCCAGACAUAGUUGCAAUGCAUAUGACCUGAAACAGUACGACAGCAAGGCCAGGAUUCUCGCCUCGGACACGUUGCACAGGUAUUGCAGAGAAAAGUGCCCCCCACCCCUCAAAUUGCAAAAAUUUGUGAUGCGAAGUCUCCAAAUGAAAGCUUUUUGUCAUGCAUGAAAGGAGUAUGAAUCUUUCUGAUGCUAUGCAGAGUCUAGGCGUGUAUCGCGUCGCUUGCAUGACAAGUGCCGCUCUUGCUGGGGUCUUUUGCAAUACAAAUUUUCUCUCUUCACGAUUGGAAACCUGUGAUGCUGAUAGAUGCAGGAGGGCGAAUGUGUCAUUUGGAAAGGUUUGCAAUACAAAUGCUCCCAAGUAGUUCGGGGGUGGGGGCAUUUUUCACUGUAAUAACAGGCCAAAAGGAUUCUACAAGGCGGAGCAGAUCGUGAACCUAUUCGACAGCAUGAGCGCAGCAGGGGCAGAGCAUGUAGCGAUGGAAAGCAGCGGUGCUAAUCUGGAAAAUGAUUCGCAACAGCACCCAGCACCUCCGCAGCAAGUGCUGGGUGCUCUUGGCACGACGACCACGGCGUUUCCAGACGCCGAGCGAGUUCUGUUUUUGGACGACAACAAAGGCAACCUGGAACUUGCGGAGAACACAGUGACGGUUUACCAGCCACGCGCGGGCAUGCACGGUACGGGGUUGAGUUUGGUGGAAAUAAAAUACUUGAUUUCUGCCUUGGAGAACGCGUGAGGGGAUGGCAGUUUGGCAUGCGUGAUAUCGUACUAGCGACCUUGCUUCGUAGUGCCAGUUCAUCUCUCCCGCGCCGGAUAGGUGGAUCGUGCUUUUAUUUGGUUGUUGUACUUCUUUCCCGUAUUCACGAACAUCGGUCUUACACGACUUGCUACUCCGACCACGCGGGAUGGAGGAACAAUAAACACCGAGAAGAUCAUGCAUGGACCAUUGCUUGUUGGAACAUCUUCUGGAUACAAUAGCGCUCAUCUCGGACGCAAUACGAAACACAUGCAAAUUAUAUCCCUGAGCCUGAGGUCGGGGGAAUCGUUGGUUCUUUGCACAUCAACUCAUGAAGCUGGAG